AUGUUCCAAACCAGCCUGGUGUCCCUCACAGUGCUGCUGUGCUCGGCCCUCUGGGUCGAUGGAGGGAAGGUCCUGGUGUUCCCUGUAGAUGGAAGCCACUGGAUCAACAUGAAGGUCAUCAUCGAGGAGCUUCACUCCAGAGGGCAUGAGGUCACAGUCCUGCGGUCGUUCGACUCCUGGUACAUCAAGCAAGAGUCUCCCCACUACAAGUCCAUCACUCUUAAUUCCUCAGCUGGUUUCGAUGAGGAAAGCUUUGGCUUAUUUGUAACCGAAACGCUGAAGAUGCGGCGGGAAGGUUUAUCACUUUGGAAUUUCAUAUCUCUGCGAUUUGGAAUGUUAAACGCAUUCUAUUACAUGCAUCAGAAGCUGCUUUGGAUGGUGGAGGAGAUGUUCCAGGACACUAAACUGAUGCAGAGCCUUCACGAUGCCAACUAUGAUUUGGUUCUGACAGAUCCUGCUGUUGGUGGAGGGGUGCUUCUGGGUCACCGCUUGGGUCUUCCACUUGUCUUCAAUGUGAGGUGGACCAUUCAGGGUGAGGGACAUCAGAUAAUAGCACCAUCCCCAGUCUCAUAUGUCCCAAUACCAGAGUCAGAGCUGACUGACAAGAUGACCUUCAACCAGAGGGUCAAGAACUUCCUCUUCUACUUAUUUACACGUUUUCAAGUUUGGUACACUGUGGAUUCAAACUACAAACCUUUUGUCCAGCGUCACUUCGGCAGUGACGUACAUUACAUGGAGCUGUUCCAAGCGGCAGAUAUCUGGCUGAUGAGGAUCGAUUUUACCUUUGAGUUCCCAAGACCCACGAUGCCGAACAUCAUCUACAUGUCGGGGUUUCAGUGCAAACCCUCCAAGCCUCUGUCCAAGGAACUGGAGGAGUUUGUCCAGAGCUCUGGUGAACAUGGGGUCAUCGUGAUGACGUUGGGAACCCUGGUGGCAAACCUUCCAGAGGACGUCACUGACCACAUCGCAGCAGCUUUUGCCCAACUUCCUCAGAAGGUGAUCUGGAGGCACAAAGGAAGAAGGCCGUCCACUCUUGGGAACAACACCUUACUCUUAGACUGGCUGCCUCAGAACGACCUCCUGGGUCACCCCAAGACCAGACUGUUUGUGGCCCAUGGAGGAACCAAUGGAAUCCAGGAGGCCGUCUACCACGGCGUCCCCCUGGUGGGCCUGCCUCUCAUGUUUGAUCAGCCUGACAACUUCUUCAAGAUGAAAGUAAGAGGUGUGGCCAAAGUCAUGGACAUUGCAACUGUGAACAGGGAGAACUUCUUGGAGGCGCUGGAGGAGGUUCUCCAUGAACCGAGCUACAAAGAGAACAUGAGGAAGCUGUCCAACCUGCAGAGAGAUCAGCCCAUCAAACCCAUGGACCAUGCCAUGUUCUGGAUCGAGUUCGUCAUGAGGCACAAGGGGGCGCCGCACCUCAGGACAGACUCUUAUAAGAUGUCCAUGGUCCAGUACUACUCCAUCGAUGUCAUUGCCUGUCUGCUGGCCGUUGGUUUGGCAGCAUUCACUCUCUUUAUUGCUGUCAUCAAGUUUUUGUGUUGCAGAGUGUUUUACAGAAGCAAAGUCAAAAAUGAAUGAGUGUGCUGCAAUAUUUCACAAUUUUACAAUCUGAAUUUUGAUUCAUGAAAAUGAUUCUAAAUCGUUCACUAGUCAACUGUGGCCACUGCCAACGGCCAACAGCUCCUUUACCUUUAUAUACUUAUUCAUUAUUAAUGUUUGAUUCAAAUAAAACUGCUGAUCAACACGUUGGAUUCUCUCAGCAUUUAUAUAUAAGAGUCCACUGCGAGACAAUGCUGCAAAAUGUAUGUGAAGAGAUUUUACUUUGUAAACUGUAAUGAAUUUGGACUCAUGAUACAGAGACUUUCACUGGUGUGACCUUCUUACUGUCUCUAUGCUGGAGGUCACAUGUUGGGAGACAUCAUCUUCAGAGAAUCAAAAAGUUCUCUCAGAGCUUCACUUUCCAUGCAGACCACACAGAUGUUUAUGAGCUUAAUGAAUGAAUUAUUUGUGUUUUUACUUCAUUUUUUAUGGCAGAAUCCCCUCGAGCGUCACAAACCAAUAAGGUCCCGGGCUUCUGCCAGAUGAGGAAUCGCUCACAGUCAUUUUUAACUUUAAAAUGUCUUUCAAUGCUUUUUGUACAAUGACGAAUGAUACUAAUGAUUGUCAAAUGUUUUAAAAUAAAAGACUUUUGAGAUAUUUUCAAAACAUA